AUGGGUCACCUGCUGGUGCGAGGAUGGAUCCUCGCCUCGUUAUUGCUGCAAGCGAGCGUCGCCAUGACAGUGGCUGUUGAGCCAGCAGCUCUCAAGGUCCUUGCCCAGCCGCAGGCCUUGCACACAGAGUUCUUCAUCUUCUGUUCCUUCUUCGAAGGCAGCAACACCCACCCCAUCAAUCAUCGUGGUGCCCUCGUCGAGUCCAGUCCCCUCACCCUCUGCUCCGUCAGUGAGGGAGUCGCCAACUCCCAGUUCAAGGCCGGUACCAAGUCGCUCGGCGGCUUCCCACCCGCAUUGGAGCUAUGUAUCCCGGCCUUUGCCCCAGCGAAGCCAGUGCUCGGCGUAUUCCGGAGCUAUCACGAGCUCUUCACUCCCUGUUUCCAUAUACUCUCAGAGCACAUCCAGCGCAGUCCCUGCGCCAACUACUGUUUGGACCAGACUUCCCCAGAUGAGUCUUUCCACGUCCUUGUCGGCUGCACCUGUCACCAAUUCUUCCAUGCUGCAGUGGACCACAUCGGCAGUUCUCUCUACUCGUACGGCCACAAUUACUGCAUGCCCAUCCACACUCCCGGACUGUCCUGCGCGCUCCAGAACCAUCUCUGUGACCACGGAGACCAUUGUGGUGUCUACCACAAUAUGCCCAGUCACCGAGGCCGCUGGGAUGACUCGGACAGAUUCUGUCUCGCCGACAGUAACGGACAGUGCUGCCAACAAGGGUCAUGCACUCGCGCUGCUACGGUAACUGCGUGCCCUUCCUCGGUAACGAACUGCCCGCUCAGGUCGAAAACAACCUAUGUGACUACCGAGACCUUGGUAGUCUCUACCACUGUGUGCCCCGUAGCUGACAGCACUGGUAGCAGUGGCGCCAUGAUUACCGAGACCGCACAUCCUCCUUCGGCUACCGUGGCUGAUGGUAAGAGCGGGGGUAGCAUGGGUGAUUCUGACAUUACCACUUCGACGAUCUUGAGCACUCGUAUCAUUACCGUGACUGCAUGUCCUUCUUCUGUGACGAAUUGUCCCUUGAGAUCAAAGACAACGUAUGCGAGCACGGAGACGCUGGUUGUCGGCUCAACUGUGUACUCAGUCCCCAAGAUCACAAGCACCAAGGCGAACGGUUCUCUGCCUUCCGCCACAGGAGUAUCCGAGGUCGGACCAUCGCUCACCACUUCUACCAUAUUGAGCACCCGCAUUGCAACAGUCGCGGGCUGCACUGGAGAUAACUGCAGUGGCUCUCCACUCGGAGGCGGUUACGUCACGUCGCAGACCUUCGUUGUAGCAACGACCGUCUACACCGUAUAUCCAGAUCACGCAUCCGUUCCGGCCGAAGGAGUUGAUGCUGUGACUGUUUCUACGACUUCUGUUACAAGCCACCAAGCUAGCAACUCAGCCGGUAGCUCCCCUAAUUCUGUGUCAUCUGGAACGCAGCCCACGUAUGCUGGAGAGACUACCUCUCAGGGUACAGAAUCAAGUGAAGGCUCAGCUACGGAAUCGGCUGUAGAAUCAGAUGUGGACUCAGCUGCAGACUCAAGCACAGGCUCAAGUGCAGUCUCAAGUGCAGACGCGGGUGCGGAAUCAGAGGUGGACUCUGCCGCAGAUUCCAACGCAGUGUCCAAUGCCAGUUCAGGUGCAGACACAGACGCAGUCUACACCACUACAAUUACUGUCGAAUCAUGCUCCAAUGACGGAACCUGUACCGAAUACGGCACUACCAUCACAAUGGCCCAGACUUCCAAUUUUGCUCAGCCCACUGUGUCUGCCUCCCCGUAUUCGUACACCCCUUACUUAGGGUCAGGGUCAGGAUGGAACCAGACUGCUCCCGCCUCUUCAGCAUAUGUGUGGCCCCAGAGCAGUCACCAAGCUGACAUGAGCACGGCCGUGGCUACUAGGACAAGAAGCGCAAGCGCAGUUAGUGCGCUAUAUACCGGGGGUGCUUCUGCAGGCAUUCGGUGGUCGUUGCUACCGGUGAUCGGAACGGCAAUGGCGAUGCUUUGGACUACACUGAUGUAGUUGUGGGUAAACAUAUAGCUGUAUGUCGCUUCGAGAGUCUAUUGUAAUUUAUUUUAUUUAGAAUGAU